GCGGGGUAGUGUUUUCCCUUUUCUGUGUGUCGGGGGUGGGGGUCCCCGGGUUUCUCCAGGUGGCAGUUUGCGGUCUGAGCGCGGAUGGUGGAGCGGCCGGAUGGCCUGGAGCUGCUGAUCGAGAAGCGUCCCGGCAAGGAGGCUGCGCGGACCGCGGAGCGAUAUUGCAAAAAGAUGGAAGCUUCCUUUUCUAAAACUGUUCUUUGCAGAAGAAUGGAUAAUCGAUUCCUAGUAUUAGAAGUCGAUAUUGUGCAGAAUGAAGAUGGAAACCACGAAAAGCACCUCACCAUCACUGCUUCCCAGUCACAAGAGUUUAAGGAACGAUGUAUACUUAGGAAUGGCUGGUGCUCUGUACCAGUAAAGCCAGGGGACAUCAUUCAUUUGGAGGGAGAAUGCACAUCUGAUACUUGGAUAAUAGAUGAAGAUGUUGGAUAUUUGAUUCUGUAUCCAGACUUGCUGAUUUCUGGCACAAGCAUAGCCAGUAGUAUUCGAUGUAUGAGAAGAGCUGUGCUGAGGGAAAUUUUCAGGAGCUCUGAUCCAGCCACACGUCAAAUGCUGAUUGGUACAGUUCUCCAUGAAGUAUUUCAAAAAGCAAUAAGUGAUAACUUUGCCCCAGAAAAACUACAGCAACUUGCUUUUCAAACUGUUCAAGAAAUAAGGCAUCUAAAGGAAAUGUACCGCUUAAAACUGAAUCCAGAUGAAAUACAACAAGAAGUAGAGGAGUAUCUUCCUUCAUUCUCUAAAUGGGCUGGAGAUUUCAUGCAUGAGUAUAGUUCAGCUGACUCCCCUCCGAUGCAGCUCUCUCUGCCAAGUGAUGGUAAUGAGAAUUCAACAUGUAAUAUUGAAGUACUAAAUUCACUGGAUAUUGAAGAGAGCAUUUGGUCCCCUAGGUUUGGAUUAAAGGGCAAAAUAGAUGUUACAGUUGGUGUGAAAAUACAUCGUGGAGGUAAAAUGAAAUAUAAGAUAAUGCCACUGGAACUUAAAACUGGCAAAGAAUCAAAUUCUAUUGAACACCGUGGCCAGCUUGUCCUAUAUACACUGCUAAGCCAAGAGAGAAGACCGGACCCAGAAGCUGGCCUACUGCUCUACCUCAAGACUGGCCAGAUGUACCCUGUGCCUGCCAACCAUCUAGAUAAAAGAGAAUUAUUAAAGCUAAGAAACCAGAUGGCUUUCUCUUUGGUUCACCGUGUUAGCAAAUCGGCUACUGGAAUGAAGAAAACAAAGCUUGCUCCUUUGCCAGAAGUAAUUAAGGAACAGCAGACUUGUAAAUAUUGUUCACAAAUGAGCACCUGUGCUCUUUAUAGCAGAGCAGUUGAGCAACAGAUGGAUGACAGUUCAGUCCCUGUUGACGUGCUGCCCAAAAUGAAAGAAGAAACCCAGCAUCUAAAGCAUACACACCUAGAGUACUUCAACCUUUGGUGUCUAAUGUUAACACUGGAGUCACAAUCAAAAGACAGUAAAAAGAAUCACCAAAAUAUAUGGUUAAUGCCAGCUUCAGAGAUGGAGAAAAGUGGAAGCUGCAUUGGAAACCUGAUUCUAACAGGACACGCAAAGACAGUUUGUGAUGGACAAUAUUUACACAAUUUCCAACGUAAAAAUGGUGCCAUGCCUAUCACAAACCUAAUGGCAGGUGACAGAAUUAUUUUGAGUGGAGAAGAGAGGACUCUCUUUGCUUUGUCUAGGGGAUAUGUGACUGAGAUUAAUAUGACAACAGUAACCUGUUUAUUGGACAGGAAUGUGUCAGUACUCCCAGAAUCAACUUUGUUCAGAUUGGACCAGGAAGAAAAAAACUGUGAUAUAAGUACUCCACUAGGAAAUCUUUCCAAGUUAAUGGAAAAUACUUACACCAGUCAAAAACUUCGAGACUUAAUUGUCGACUUACGUGAACCUCAAUUUAUUUCCUACCUCAGUUCUGUCCUUCCACAUGAUGCAAAGGAUACAGUUGCCUGCAUUCUGAAAGGUUUGAAUAAACCUCAGAGGCAAGCAAUGAAAAAGGUACUUCUUUCAAAGGACUACACACUCAUCGUGGGUAUGCCUGGAACAGGAAAGACAACUACAAUAUGUACUCUCGUGAGAAUUCUCUAUGCCUGUGGUUUCAGUGUUUUGUUGACCAGCUAUACGCACUCUGCUGUCGACAAUAUUCUUUUGAAGUUAGCCAAGUUUAAAAUAGGAUUUUUGCGCUUGGGUCAGAUGCAGAAGGUUCAUCCAGGUAUCCAGAAAUUUACAGAAGAGGAAAUGUGUAGAUCAAAUUCCAUUAAAUCCUUAGCUCAUCUAGAAGAACUCUACAAUACUCAACUUAUUGUUGCAACAACAUGUAUGGGAAUAAACCAUCCAAUAUUUUCCCGUAGAAGUUUUGAUUUUUGUAUUGUGGAUGAAGCAUCUCAAAUUAGCCAACCAGUUUGCCUAGGGCCACUUUUUUUUUCACGGAGGUUCGUGUUGGUGGGGGAUCAUCAGCAGCUUCCUCCCCUGGUGCUAAACCAUGAAGCAAGAGCUCUUGGCAUGAGUGAAAGCCUGUUCAAGAGACUGGAGCAGAAUAAGAAUGCAGUUGUUGAGUUAACUGUGCAGUACAGAAUGAACAGUAAAAUUAUGUCCUUAAGUAAUAAGUUGACAUAUGAGGGAAAGAUGGAAUGUGGAUCAGACAAAGUGGCCAAUGCAGUGAUAAACCUACCUAAGUUUAAAGAUGUGAAACUAGAACUGGAAUUUUAUGCUGAUUAUUCAGAAAAUCCUUGGCUGAUUGGAGUAUUUGAACCAAACAAUCCUGUUUGUUUUCUUAACACCAGCAAGGUUCCAGCACCAGAACAAGUUGAAAAAGGUGGUGUGAGCAAUCUAACAGAAGCCAAACUCAUAGUUUUCCUGACGUCCAUUUUUAUUAAGGCUGGAUGUAAUCCUUCUGAUAUUGGUAUAAUUGCACCAUACAGACAGCAGUUAAAGAUCAUCAGUGAUUUAUUACCACAUUCUUCUACUGGGAUGAUUGAAGUUAAUACAGUAGACAAAUACCAAGGAAGAGACAAAAGUAUCAUAUUGGUGUCUUUUGUUAGAAGUAAUAAAGAUGAAACUAUUGGUGAACUCUUGAAAGAUUGGCGACGUCUUAAUGUUGCUAUAACCAGAGCCAAACAUAAACUGAUUCUCCUGGGAUGUGUGCCCACAUUAAACCGCUAUCCUCCUUUGGGGAAGCUUCUUUGUCAUCUAAACUCAGAAAAAUUAAUCAUUGAUCUUCCAUCAAGAGAACAUGAAAGUCUUUGUUACAUAUUGGGUGAUUCUCAAAGAAGAUAAAGGUCUUUUGUGCCUUUUUCAGCCUAGCGUGGGGAUCUUUUCUAACAGUUGCCUACCAUUUGUCCUUUGGAUAUGCUAUGAAAUCAGUGCCUGGGCAGACUGUGACUAUAACUAAGGGCAUGAAAUGAAGUGUCCACAGCAAACUGCUAUUCUCCUUUGGGGAAGCCUCUUUUUUUGUGUGUGUGUGUAAUCUUGUUAAGUAUAAAGUUCUAUCACUGUAUAAAAUUUAACACUGUUAUUUCAGUGAACAUGUACACAAAACUGAAAAGCUUAAAUAUAUAUGUGAUAUAAAUGUUUUUUUGUGACCUAAAAAGAGUUUGAUAAAUUUUUACCAACUUUAAAAUGGAUUAACUUUUGAAUCUGAGAUUUAGACUUUUAAGAUUUCAGGACUAAUUUGACUUUAUAGAUUAUUUUAUCAUAUUUUGUUAUUUGAAGGAUAGGGUAAAAAAAUAAUUUUUCAUUUAAGAAACACAACCUUGUGGUGAUUGUUCUUUUUGUCAGGGUUUUUCCUGACUUUUGUUUUCUGGUAUUAUAUGUAUUUUCCCAUUAAAUCUAGUCUUUUAAGUUAUUAUUUAUAAAUUGUCUUGAAGUAAUUUUUUAUUUCUUCCAUUUUUUAUUUUCAGUGUUUGGUGUUUCAGCAUCGUAGAUUUUGAUACAAAAUUUUCAUUUGGAAAGAAACCUUGCUGAAUUGAUGAUAAAUAGAAAAGGAUAUUCGUAUUUUUCACCUUUAUUUUUAUGUUCAUAUGCCCCUUUGUUUUGGGGCAUUACUCAAUUUUCUCUUUUUAUACAAUGAUGUUUCAUAAAAAUUUACUUCAGAAUGCCUAAUUAUAUAUAUAUGGUGACAGGUAUGUAGUGAAUGAUUUGGUGUAUCCAUUUUCUAGGAGAAAUCCUUAAUUUCUUGCAAAGUUUUUUGAAAUGAAUGUUAAAUAUGUUAAAUUUGUUAAUUCUACCUCAGGUGGUUUCUUUUUUGUUUACUUGAAGUUUUUAUUAAAGUGUUUUCUCCUGCUAGAUCUUACUGUGUUA